CGGAAAAACCAACCAGGAAGCGAAUGGCGGAAAUAUAGAUCCACCUCACGCUUUCAGGCUCACAAUACUUGGCCAGACCUGUGUUGUUUUUUUUUUUUCCUGAAUGGAGAGGCCAGAGGUGUAGGCAGCAGAGGUUUUCAGCCAAAAGCAGUGGGCUGUGUUGAAGAAACGAUGUCGUCGCAUUUAACUACUUGGAAGUGAACGGCGACGGCUAGCCACCAACCAGGUCCUGUGACUGACAGCCCGCAGGAUUUAACAGCGACAUAUGGCCCUGCUCCUCAGCUAGCCGAGGGAGACGACAACACAAGGCAAGCAUCAUGUUUCUGAAAACAUCGUUCACCACCCUGAUCGUGGGGGUGUUUGUAGUGUACGUGCUACACACCUGCUGGGUGAUGUAUGGGAUAGUGUACACCAAGCCCUGCGAAAGCCCCAAAGGUGACAACUGCAUCACGCCGUUCCUGGCAGGGAAACCGAAACUACAGUUGAGUAUCUACACUGCACUGCGGCCCAAUGCAGAGGGAGGGCAUACCCUGAUCCACAAAGAGGAGAACUUUGAUGUCAACAGCAAGUUUGAGAGGAUAGUCAACGUCUCCCUCCCUAAGAAGACCCGUAACAAUGGAACUUUAUAUGCACUAAUAUUUGUCCAUCAAGCUGGCAUCACUCCUUGGCAGGAUCCACGGCAGGUCCACUUGGUGGCUCAGCUCACCACAUACAUGGUCCCUAAACCACCUGAAAUCUCUUUGAUAUCCAGAGAGGAUCAAACACAGGGUCAGAGAGAAGAAGCCCAGCAGAGGAAACGCAGUGAUGGUAACCCUGCAGCAGGGGGUGGAGCUGGUAGUGGAGCCGCUUCCACGUCAGAUCACCCAGUUUCCCACUGGCGUUCCCGCCUGACAUUCAACAUUGUCAGCGACCACUUCCUGUUUGACAAAGAAUACCUGCCAAGUGAUGUCCACAGAUACCUCAGAGCAUUCCAAAAUGGUAAAAAGAUGGUGUAUCUACCUCUGCUGUUUGUUGAUGAGCUCAGCAACCGGGUCAAGGACCUCGUGGAGAUCAACAGUACCUCCAAGGAGCUCCCUCUGACCAUCUCUUAUGACUCCAUCUCUCUGGGGAGACUACGCUUCUGGAUCCACAUGCAAGAUGCUGUUUACUCUCUGCAGCAGUUUGGUUUCACAGAGAAGGAUGCUGAUGAGAUUAAAGGGAUCUUUGUGGAUACCAACCUCUAUUUCCUGGCUCUGACCUUCUUUGUAGCCGCCUUCCAUCUUCUCUUUGACUUCCUGGCCUUCAAGAACGACAUCAGCUUCUGGAAGCAAAAGAAGAGCAUGGUGGGAAUGUCGAGCAAAGCAGUGCUGUGGCGAUGUUUCAGCACCAUAGUGAUUUUCCUGUAUUUGUUUGACGAGCAGACCAGCCUGCUUGUGCUCAUACCUGCUGGGAUUGGCUCUAUCAUUGAAGUAUGGAAAGUGAAGAAGGCCUUUAAGAUUCAGGUUUUCUGGAAAGGAGGCAAACCAACUUUCCUGUUUGGGAAAUUAGAUGAAUCAGAGAGGAGAACAGAAGAGUACGAUACCCUGGCCAUGAAGUAUCUGUCAUACCUCCUGUACCCACUGUGUAUUGGAGGGGCUGUUUAUGCUCUUAUAUUCCUACGAUAUAAGAGUUGGUACUCUUGGUUGAUCAACAGUUUAGUGAAUGGUGUAUAUGCCUUUGGCUUCCUCUUCAUGCUUCCUCAGCUGUUUGUCAACUAUAAGCUGAAAUCUGUGGCCCACCUGCCCUGGAAGGCCUUUAUGUACAAGGCUUUCAAUACCUUCAUCGAUGAUGUGUUUGCUUUCAUCAUCACCAUGCCAACAUCUCACAGACUGGCUUGUUUCAGAGAUGACGUCGUGUUUCUCAUUUACCUCUACCAGAGAUGGCUGUACCCAGUGGAUAAGACAAGAGUAAAUGAAUAUGGGGUUUCUUAUGACGAAAAACCGAAAGGAAAGACACACAAAGACUAGAGAGGAAAGACAGGAUAUUGGCUUCCAUGAUCGGGUACCUGCUGGUUUUGUCGUCUGUCCACUGGUCUCCACCGAUCUCAUCUGGUAUCAACUGAGCCGGUUUAAUGGUCCAGGUACAACUGGGUAAAAUGUUGGGCAGUUAGUUGUAAAUGGGCCAGUUGCAUCAACAUGCUUGUGGUUUGGGACUUUUUCAACCCAUCCCAUAGUGCGAAGCGUUCAAAGGAAAGGUCAACUUCUGCUUAUCUGGCUUUUGCAGUCUUGAAGGAGUUUUUUUUGUUCUGUUUUUUUUUUGUUUUGCAGUGUGUGAUGGGACAGGAGGAUCAAUAAGCUCUAUCUAAAACUGUUUUUCAACUGACGCAACAACAAAGAAAACAUGUGUUUGUGCUUGCUGUAAAUGGCCAGCACCCUGCUCAAGACCUGAGUCUGCAACAGGUCAGACACUGCUUAGUUCAGUUGGUCAACUGAUAUGAAAUAGUACACUGAUUACUAUAGUAGCUAUACUAUUGUAGAUAUUGGUGGCAACUUUGAGCCUUCUCAGCCAUAAAUUCUGCUCUUCCCUUUUUUCCAGACAUCAUGUCAGUCCACAACACCAGUCACAUUUCUUUUCUGUUGUAAUGAGUCCAUCCUGUUAAUAUCACUGAUGGUCUGGUUUGCAGCUUUGGGUCUCUGCAGAUACUGAUUUGGUUAUGUGAAGCUGCAGGAGUAAAAAUAUGAUUUAUGACACUGGUUGCGACUCCCAUUUUAAGCUGAAACUGCCUCUUGAGAGCCACUGAAAAUAUUGUAUUUUCAAAACUUUAAUUGCCAUGUCAAAAAAGGGACUUUUAUAAUUUCAAACAUUUGUUUAAAAACGUUGUUUUCCAUUUAACUGACAGUGUACAUUUUAAGAAGAGCUUGGUUCGGACUGCUUUGAGGAACCGGUACUUAAAUACAUACAAUAUAUCUAGGAGUUGUAAAACAAGAGCUGCUUGGCUCAUCUGAGAAGCUUCAUUCAUCAAGACUACAAAAUCCAGCUGCUCGUUUUACACCUCGCCAGAAUGACUGAAAAGCUAGCUUUCAUGUCAACUCAAGAUAGGUGUGACUACGAAGAGCUAAAAAUACUAUGCUUUGACAAAUAUAGCACUGUAUCCAUUAAAUUUGGGUUUAAUUACCUUAAACAUCGGACUAUAGCUAAGAUGGCUUCCCUAUUUGUUUGGUUUUUCAGGUACUUCCAUAUUAUUAUUCCAUUGGCGCCAAGUCUGAUACAUCAGAACUCUCAGAAAAAUCAGUUUCCCAGUCAUAACUAUGUCUUGGAUGUUGAAGUGAACGAGUUGGAAACUGGUAACUACGGUAACUCCAAUAUAACAUGAAAGUGGCAUUAGGCAAAGGUGGGCCGUACUAAAACAUAAAGGGAUGUACUGGAAGUUCAGUUAAUAUUCCUGAUGCAAAAUUUGAGUGCUUUUCUAGAAAUUAUAAGAAAUUAUGCUAAUUAUGUUUAAAUACUGCUCAUUGAAAAAGGCUGUUAACAAUUUGCUUCUUAGAAAGCAUCAAUGUGUAGAAAUUUAAGAAUUUUUAUUCCAAAGUAUCAUGUAGACAAAGUUAUCAUAUGUUAACCGUGGAAUAAAUUCCAGAAUGACAGACCCUGUUUAACCUACUUUUUAAAGUGAGAAUAUGUAUAUAUAUAUGCUUAAAAAUGACUGAGGCAGGAAUCAAGGGAAAAGACACUUAAAAAGUAACAAAAAAACUGUCAAAAUUUUCAAAUACAUCACUUUAAUUGUAAGAUUUUCACUAAUGUACUUUCCACCUAUGCACAUAAGAUAGCUGCAGUAAAAGCAGAGUAGAAGAUUCCAAUUUGUUGUCAUGGUGACGGGGAUGAAUUGCCUGAUCAUUCUGGAAUCUUGAGCUGCAUUAGAAGCAGAGUAGAAGAUUCUGAUUUGUUGCCAUGGAGACAGUUUGCCUGAACAUUCCAGAAUCUGUUGAACUGAACUGUCUGUGUCUCUUGCUUUUGUCCAUAUGUUAAAUGAUACUGACUUUUAUUACACUGUAACACAGGAGGGUACCACUGAAAGCCAUACUGUCCUUUACAUCCAUUCCAGUUUUGUAGUUUUACCUGCUCGAGUAUUUUUUAUGCAUCAGGGCCAAGAAAAUCUGUUAGUGCCAAAUGUGAAAAUGAUUCUUUGAACUGUUGGUGAGCUUUGUAUGUUCACCAUAAAUUGUCCAUCCGAUGUUUUUAAAUAGACAGUGACAUUGCGGGGGAAACAGUAAUUGGUAAAACUUGUGGAAAGUAUUACUACAUCUGGAUUUAUAGUCAUAUUUUCAUUUUUCUGCCAUAGUUCGAAUGUUAUGGGUUUUUCUUGUUUGUUUGUUUUUUUGUAAUAGACAGCUUACUCUGUGUUCAGAUAUCAGGAUGUGUUAGGUCUGUGCACAGAAAUCCAGCACACAUUUUCUUUUCCUGUGUAGAUGUGAGAGGUGUACCAGAAAUUUGCCUUGAAAUGGUUUUACUUAUUGUAAUUGUUGAGUUUUGGAUUGAGAUGAAAUAAAGAUGACUGACU